UUUCUCAGCUUGUGUUAUCUUUACCACCUCGUUUGGUUACUAAGAAAACGAAAAAGAAAAACACAAAAAAAUUUUCUCACUCACUCAUUCGCUCACUCAGCAAACUGAGAUUUGAGGCGAAAAGAGAGAGGGCAAUGGCGGAGGUGAAGAUGUGCUGCAACGCGAGCAGUACGGAGCUGACGCCAGAGGAAGAGAGGAUUACGAUCCGUGACAUUGCUUUGGCCUCCGAAUCUAAUAGCAAAGAGGGCGACACUUUUUUCUUAAUCACUCAGAGAUGGUGGCAGCAUUGGAUUGAAUAUGUGAACCAAGACCAGCCAAACAAUGCAAAUGAUGGAUCCUCAUUGACUGAUCAUGGUGAUUUUGUUGGUUCAAGUUCUCUAAAGAGGCCUGCUGGUAUUGAUAAUUCUGAUUUAAUAUAUGAUACAGCAUCUGAAAAUUCUCGUAUGGUUAUUGAGAUUCACGAUACUCUACUAGAAGGUCGUGAUUAUGUAUUGCUUCCGCAAGAAGUUUGGCACCAAUUAUAUUUGUGGUAUGGUGGUGGUCCAACACUAGAACGGAAAGUAAUCAGUUCUGGUCUUUCUCAGACAGAGUUGGCUGUUGAGGUGUAUCCUCUGCGUCUUCAGUUACAUGUGAUUCCUAAAGGUGACCGUUCUACUAUUAGAAUAAGCAAGAAGGAAACCAUUGGAGAGCUUCAUAGGAAAGCCUGUGAAAUAUUUGAUCUUAACUUGGAACAUGUGUGCAUUUGGGAUUACUAUGGCCGUCGAAAACAUGCGUUGAUGAAUGACAUGGAUAAGACGCUUGAUGAUGCCAAUGUACAGAUGGAUCAGGAUAUUCUGGUGGAGGUCCUUAACCAUGUGAAUGGUACUGCACUGGCUGGUUCCAUAACUUCUAUUCAGGACAAUGGAUCUUCACAGAGGGAAGCUACUUCUUUUCUUAUAGAGCCGUCUAAGUCAAGCUUAUCAAUUGCAGGAGGCUUGUCCGCUAGUAAGGGUGCAACUAGAAGCAACGCGGUGGAGCUGCCACAAAUUACUAACCUGACUUCUCCAGUAAGAGAAUCGGAUAAUGCAUACGGUACCAGCGGCGUAAGUACAAGGGGUGCUACUGGUGGUUUGACUGGGUUGAUGAACCUUGGGAACACUUGUUUUAUGAACAGUGCAAUACAAUGCCUUGUUCAUACACCGGAGUUUGCUAGAUAUUUUCGAGAAGAUUAUCAUCAAGAGAUCAACUGGCAGAACCCUUUGGGCAUGGUUGGUGAGCUAGCUCUAGCUUUUGGUGAGUUACUUCGAAAGCUGUGGGCACCUGGACGGGCACCAGUUGCUCCUCGAUCCUUUAAAGCGAAGCUUGCUCGCUUUGCACCUCAAUUUACUGGAUACAAUCAGCAUGAUUCUCAGGAGCUUUUAGCAUUUUUGCUAGAUGGUCUUCACGAAGAUCUGAAUCGCGUCAAACACAAACCUUAUAUGAAGACCAGGGAUGCUGAUGGCCGACCUGAUGAAGAGGUUGCCGAUGAGUAUUGGGCAAAUCAUAUUGCUCGUAAUGAUUCUAUAAUUGUUGAUGUGUGCCAAGGCCAAUACAAGUCAACAUUGGUGUGUCCAGUAUGCAAUAAAGUCUCCGUCACAUUUGAUCCAUUCAUGUACCUCUCCCUACCUCUCCAGCAGACCAUCACCCGCACUAUGACAGUAACAGUUUUUACUUGUGAUGGAAGUGCCCUGCCAUCUUCUUGCACUGUGACUGUCCCCAAGCAGGGACGUUGCAGGGACUUAAUACAGGCCCUUAGCAGUGCAUGUUCCCUGAAGCACAGUGAGAAGCUUUUGCUUGUUGAGAUACGAAACCAUUUGAUUCAAAAGUUUCUAGAAGAUCCUCUAAUAAUGUUGUCCACCAUCAAAGAUGAUGACUACCUUGCUGCAUACAAGAUGCCAAAGUUGGUGAAGAAUACAAAACAUCUUCAGUUAAUACACCGCCAUAGAGAGCAGGAAACAAAUGAUGCCCAAACCAUGUCAGGUUGGAAGCCUUAUGGAACACCUCUUGUCUCAUCAAUCUCAUGUGAUGAUGUAAUUACAAGAGGUGAUAUACAGCUACUUGUUCACAAAAUGCUUUCUCCAAUGGCAACAACUGAAAGCCGAAGAAAAACUGAUAUUUUUGAUACUAGCAUCUCUAUAGCAGCAUCAGACCAGAGUCAUGAUAUCAGUUCUGGUGAAGCAUGCACUGAUUCCUCUAUGUCAAAUUCAAUAAAUAAGGAAAGCACUAAUUCUGAAGCAGUUGCAUUACUGAAACUACCUCUUCAGUUGGUUGAUGAAAGCAAUGCUUGCAUUGAUCUUUCAGUGGGAGAAGAUAAACCUGUUAGAUUGUCCUCAUCAUCAACUUCGAUACUAGUUUAUGUUGACUGGUCACAGAAGCUUCUAGACAAGUAUGAUACACAUUAUUUAGAAAAUUUGCCAGAAGUGUUUAAUGGGCCUCCUAACAAGAAAGCUCGUACUGAACCUCUCUCCUUGUAUACAUGCCUGGAAGCUUUUCUGCGUGAAGAACCACUGGUCCCUGAAGAUAUGUGGUUUUGUCCUCAAUGCGAAGAGCGACGACAAGCAAGUAAAAAGCUUGAUCUAUGGAGGCUUCCAGAAGUAUUGGUCAUCCAUCUAAAGAGAUUCUCAUACAGCAGGUCCAUAAAGCAUAAUAAGUUAGAAACCUUUGUCAACUUCCCCAUUCAUGACUUUGACUUAACAAAUUAUGUUGCAAACAAAAUCACAUCCCGACGGCAACUCUACGAACUGUAUGCUUUAACUAAUCAUUAUGGUGGCAUGGGUAGUGGGCACUAUACUGCACAUAUCAAGCUUUUAGAUGAGAAUAGGUGGUACAAUUUUGAUGACCACCAGGUAUCACCCAUACAUGAGGAAGAAGUAAAGACAGCUCAUGCAUAUGUCCUCUUUUAUCGAAGGGUGAAGAAUGAUGGUACCUCUGCUAGCAAUGGGGCACAGUCCUGUGCAGGCGGCAAUCACAUUAGCUCUCAAAAAUGAGUCCGUGGACAUGUAUGAUUCUCUUCAAACAAGAGAGCAUUACCCAGAUUCCUAGGCAGUUUACUGUAUUGAUGUGGAGUCUGAUUCUAGUGAUGGUUAUGAUGGCAUGUUAAGUAAGCAUGAAAGAACUAGUCCUUUGCGGUUUUGAAGGCGAUUUUAUAGUUUCACAGCCGCAAGGCUGCUCAGGGAUUGAUUGGUCAUCACAUUACAUGUCAAGGAGCCUCCUAGUUCACUCUCGCAGGACAAUUUAAGCGUGGCAUCUAAAAGACCUGAGGAUUAUACUACUUUAUUUUGUAAAAACAUACCAGUCUGUUUGUAAGCCCAUGUAUGAACAAUCAUCUCUGACGACUUCCUGGAGUUUGAAUUGUUUAAUACUGCAAAAACUCAGAGGGGGUCAUAAAAUCAAUCACUGUGGUCAGUUUGGUAAUUUUGAAGUUUAGGAAAGCAUAAAUUCCAAACAAAAUGUAAUUGAGAAUAGUCCAAUUGACAGGAUGUGGCUCAAAGAGGUCUAUUUUUUUGGUUUAAAGGAUGAUUCUUCCCCCUCAUACCUUCUAUAAUUCUCAAAUGGAUGUGGUUGUGGACCUUGAAUUGCAAAGGAACUGAAUGAGCAGAGUCGUUUUACUUCUUUGUAUAA